UCCAAGUGCGCGAAUUUAAUUGCAGUUAAACGUUGAUCUGGCCCAAAAGCACAUGUUUGAGAAUAAUAAUGGGAAAAGACAAGAAGAGGAAGUCUGAAGGAGGAGAUGAAGAGGGUGGCGAUAGCAAAGAAUCAUGGAAUUCUAAAAUUGAACAUUUAAAUGCUAUUUCAAAACCGCUGGCUCCACGCAAAUUAAGCAAACGACUAUAUAAAGCAAUUAAGAAAGCUGCAAAGCAAAAACAGCUGAGAAAGGGGGUAAGAGAAGUACAGAAGUUUGUGAGAAAAGGAGAAAAAGGUGUGAUUGUUUUGGCUGGGGAUGUAAGUCCUGUUGAUGUCAUCUGUCAUAUGCCAUUGCUAUGCGAGGAAGGUGGAAUACCAUACUGCUACACACCUUCCAAAGAUGACUUGGGCUCUGCAUGUGGCUCCAAAAGGCCAACGUGUAUGGUAAUGAUCAAGCCACACGAUGACUAUCGGGAACUCUAUGAUGAAUGUUUCGGUGAAGUCAAGGAUCUUCCUCUUCCCAUCUAAUCUGACUGG